UAAUUUACCCCACCCGGUUUUCUUUCUGUUCCUAGCCUGGUCUGUUCGGUUGUUGUUGUUGGAAGGUGUCAGUCCAGCUGAUCCUUCAGUUCAAACCACUGACAGCAUCUAUAAGUCCAAACUGCUCCUCUCGUAUUCCUGUCAGCUGCAAGUGCAACAUGUCAGAAAUCGGUGAAAUCGAUGAAGGCUUCUACUCCAGGCAGUUGUAUGUUCUGGGUCAUGAUGCGAUGCACCGAAUGGGCACAGCCAGCGUCCUCAUUGCAGGCAUGCGUGGUCUUGGAAUAGAAAUAGCCAAGAAUGUGAUUUUGUCUGGAGUGAAGUCUGUCACCAUCCAGGAUGAAGGCCAGACAGUGUGGACCGACCUGUCCUCUCAGUUUUUCCUGAAGGAAGCCCAUCUUGGUCAGAAUCGAGCCACAUGUUCCAUACAACAGCUGUCUGCCUUAAACCCACGUGUGCGAGUGUUUGCCCACACUGGGCCGCUGGAUGACACCCUGCUUCUGCAAUUCCAGGUGGUGGUCCUCACUGACUCCUCACUGGAUGAUCAGAAGCGUUUUGGUGAGCUCUGCCAUUUGCAUGGAAUCAAGUUCAUUGUAGCAGACACCAAAGGACUCUGUGGUCAAUUGUUCUGUGACUUUGGGGAGGAGUUUGAGGUCUUGGACCGGGAUGGAGAGGCGCCUGAAUCAGCGACCAUCCAAAGCAUCUCUAAGGCGGAUCCUGGAGUGGUGCUCUGUACAGAUGAGCAGAGUCAUAAAUUUUCAGAUGGCUGCAAAGUGUCCUUCUCUGAAGUCCAAGGCAUGACGGAGCUCAACAGCAUUGGCCCAGUGGAGAUCAAAUACCGUGGCGAAUACUCUUUCAGCAUUGGUGACACUUCAGCCUUUUCUGAGUAUAAACGGGGUGGAAUAGUGACUGAGGUCAAACAACCACUAAGGCUACAUUUUAAACCACUGAGUGAGGCUCUACUGGACACCAAGCUGCUGGUAAUGAAUGAUUUUGGAAAAAUAUCAAGGCACAAGACCCUGCACUUGGCUUUCCAAGCCCUCCAUAGCUUUGUGAAGAAAGAACAGCGACUCCCUGGUCUGUGGUCACAGCCAGAUGCAGAUGCCCUGCUUGACAUGGUGAGAGAGCUGAAUACAGUCGCCAAGCUGAAACAGCUGGAUGAAGCUGCUGUGCAAAAACUGUCCUACACAGCCCGGGGUGACUUGGCUCCUAUGAAUGCUUUCAUUGGAGGCCUCGCAGCUCAAGAAGUUAUUAAGGCAUGUAGUGGCAAAUUCAUGCCUCUUCAGCAGUGGCUUUAUUUUGAUGCAUUUGAGUGCCUCCCUGAAGUAGAGGACCAACUGGCCGAGUGCUCCCGUCUUGAAGGCACAAGAUACGAUGGACAGAUCGCUGUGUUUGGCUCAGCUUUCCAGAAGAAGCUUGAGAGGCAGAAGUAUUUCCUGGUUGGAGCUGGUGCUAUUGGCUGUGAGCUUCUUAAAAACUUUGCUCUUAUUGGGCUUGGUGCUGGAGAAGAAGGGCACAUUACAGUAACAGAUAUGGACUUCAUCGAAAAAUCCAACUUGAACCGACAGUUCCUGUUCAGGUCUCAGGAUAUUGGGAAACCAAAAUCAGAAGUUGCAGCCAAAGCAGUGCAAGAGAUGAACCCACAGAUGAAAAUCACCGCUCACCAGAAUCGUCUGGACCCUGACAGUGAAGCAGUGUUUGAUUACAACUUCUUCAUGGGUCUUGAUGGAGUGGCUGCAGCCCUUGAUAAUGUGGAAGCUAGGAUCUAUCUCGAUCAACGCUGCAUUCAACACCAGAAGCCGAUGCUGGAGGGAGGAACUCAAGGAAGCAAGGGUCAUACUUUGGUGGUGGUGCCUCACCUGACAGAGUCUUAUGGGCAGCCCAAAACUAACGCCAAUAAUGCCAUCCCACUGUGCACUCUGAAGAACUUCCCUCACCGCAUUGAGCACACCCUGCAGUGGGCCAGAGACCAGUUUGAAGGACAGUUUAAACAAACACCUGAAAAUGUGAAUCUCUUCCUGAGCGAUGAAGGGUUUGUGGAGCGGACUCUUGGUCAUGGAGACGCUGAGGCCCUGGAGGUUCUUGGGGGGGUGUGGAACAGCCUGGAGGACAUAAAAGAUGGAGGACAACAUCCAACGAGCUGGGAGGACUGUGUGAGCUGGGCACGUUGCAAGUGGGAGACUGUCUAUAACAACGAUAUCCGCCAGCUUCUGCACUGUUUACCUCCUGAAAAGGUGACUGCUACUGGUCUACCCUUCUGGUCUGGAUCCAAGAGAUGCCCUCACCCAUUGACCUUUGACCUCAAAAAUACUACCCAUAUGGAGUAUGUGGUUGCAGCAGCUAAUCUGUACGGGCAGAUCUACGGCAUCAAAGGGACAAGAGACUGCACCUCUAUCAGAGAAAUCUUAGAGAAAGUCCACGUGCCGCCUUUCACUCCCAAGUCCUCCGUGAAGAUUCAUGUCACUGACAAGGAGAUGAAGGAGGCGAAAGAAAGGGACAGUGAUGAUGCUGAAAAAGCCCGACUUGAGGAGUUAAAAGGAAAGUUGGCCUCACCAUCUAUGAAAAGCUCAGCCAAGCAGAUGUACCCCAUCGACUUUGAGAAGGAUGACGACAGUAACUUCCACAUGGACUACAUUGUUGCUGCUUCUAACCUGAGAGCAGAGAACUACGACAUCCCUGCAGCCGAUCGGCACAAGAGUAAGGGUAUUGCUGGAAGGAUCAUCCCAGCCAUAGCAACCACCACAGCCGCAGUGGCAGGCUUGAUGUGCCUGGAGCUGUAUAAACUGGUGCAGGGUCAUCAGAAUAUCAGCUCUUACCGUACAUCUUAUUUCAUCCUGGCUGUCCAGCAUUAUGUGUGGUGCCAGCCGGGCCGGCCCAGGUCCUUUGAGCUUGCAGGAAAGAAAUACACCCUGUGGGAUGGCUUCCUUGUUGAGGGCAGACGCGGCGGUCAGCAGGAAAUGACCUUGGGAGAUCUGGUCCAGUAUAUCAAGGAAAAAUAUAGCUUGACCAUCACCCAUCUCUUCUACGGAGCAGCUGUCAUAUACAGUGGGCAAGAAGACAGGCUCCAAAAGAGUGUGUCUGACGUGGUGAGGAUGGUCACCAAGAAAGAUAUCCCUCCACACAAGAAGAUGCUGGAGUUCCUCCCCUCAUUUGUUGAAGAGGAGGGCGACGAUGAGUCAGUCCCACCAAUCAGAUACCUGCUGCUGUGAAGCCAUCAACAUGGAACUGCGUCAGGGUGGCAAAACCAACUUAACAAAAACAAAAAACAAGCUGAUUUUGUUGCUUUAGCUGUUAUUUACAGAGAUUAAUAUCUGAAUGUUUUGUUAUGAUGAUGCCAUUCCAUAAAUAUUUUGCUUUUAUUAUUGCGUUGGCAUAUUGUGAACAUCACGCUUUGAUAAUGCGUAAUUCCACAAUCACACUCUAAGCUAUUUUGCUGCCCCUGCCAUGCCCCAAAACAUAUUUAAAAAUUUACAUAUAUUGAAGUCAACUUCCUCUUUUUUCUUUUACUCUCUGGCAAAAGAGGAAACGUAGCAAACUUUUACUUCCAUACUAAUAUUACCAGAAAUUUUACCAGAAAGUUCCGUUUGCUAUGUGAAACGUGUCUUUUGAGAGGUCGGGCUAAGAGGAGGUUGUGAAGAUGCUUGCCAAGGCAUAUGGAUUAGAUGAUCUGGCUCUGCUGGGGCAGUGCUGGCCUUGUUUCAAGGUUUAAUUCAGGUCAGACUGAGCACGAUGUUAAAGGGGUGCGGUCAGAACAGGCAGUUGGUACAGUAGGUACAGUGCUUUUUGACGUGUUCUCUUGCCAUCUGGACACAGCUGUCUUGUGUAAAUCCCGAUCCCAAGCACACGUGUAACCCGCUCCCUCCCAGAAGAAUCCCAUAGCUGGUCAGAGUGGAGAAGCUGAAUACAUCUACAAAGCCCUUCAUCUGUUCUCAGAUGGCUUUUUGAGCAUGUCAAGCCCUUUUCCACAACCUCACAAUGUGUUUCACUUCAUGCCGUUACAUUAACAUGGUGUCAUCUUUACAAUGCUCUGCUCUCCGUGUUGGCUGUAUUUGAAUCUUGUCAUAAAGAAUCCUCUCUGAAAUGAUCUAAUACUAAUACUAUCACUUUGUAACCUGGCCUGCAAUUGAAAGAUGCUGUUAUUAAACAAUAAUGCAACAAUACAAA